AUGUCUAAAGAUCCACUGAGGUACCGAGUCAUAGCCGACAGUAGUCAGAGCAGACAGCAGUCCAUGUUAAAGAUGGAUGAUAGUGAGAAUACAACUUCAUUUGAUGAUCGCAGUGAGGCAUACUCAGAAGCAUCUGCCAGAGACUGUUUAGCUGAAGGCAUAAUUGGCCUUCUGCUCCCAACUGUCGAGCAAAUAGACGAACGAGUGAAGUCGACAAGGAUCAGUCAGCUCGAGCUUCGUCAGCAUAUUGACACUCUGGCAGAGGACCUUCGUGCAUUGUCUGAAAACCAGCAGAUACCAUAUGACCUCGACAGCUAUGUCAAGAAACUUGUAAAUGCAAAAAGGCGGGUAGUUCUUGUCAACAGUAUCCUUCAGAACACCCAGGAACGGCUGAACAGAAUUAACCAGAGCAUCACCCGUGAAAAUGAGAGGCGUACAGCACUCUUGGAGCCACAAGUUUCUACACCAAGUGAAGGAUAGUAAUGCACAGCCUACAGUUUUUUAUCACAACAUUCCUAAGGAGCAGCUGUAUUGCUGUCAGAUAAACGUUUUGGAGAGCUUAUGAUAAUCAAUGUUCGUUCCACAUCAAAACGUGGACCUGUCCAACGAACACUUUCUUGUUGUUUUGUCUGCAGUGCACAGUAGUAACAAGAAGCUAUGUUAGCUCUAACAUUGUUUUAAUUGUGUACAGUCAACAUACCUGUACAUGUGUACUUUUUUACUUUGGAGUGAGACUGACAAAUGAAUUAAGUGUGGGCUACAUGGUCACUGUACUAGUGAGCAUGCCUGGUAGGAAAAAGCUGGAUAUCCUUGUGUAGGUGUUCAUUUGUGUUGUGCAUAUGCCACGUUGUACAGUCUAAUAUACAUAUGAAAGAAGUGUAUUGCCCAUGGCCGCUGGUUCUGCCCAUAUUAGUGCAU